GUCAUCAAUUUAUUAACAAAUUCAAUCUUAUCUUUUUGCCGCGAAAUACCGUGGUGUUAGCCAAAAUUUUGUUACAACAUUCAUACAUAUAUUUACAUAUAUACAUAUGUUUGUUCGUUCAACGAGAGAUCAUAUGUAUGUAUAGGAAGCGAGCCUAUCGAAGUUAGCCGAGAUGCGCAAUACAAGUAUGAUCUGUCGUUGAAGGAAUAAUAGUGUAUUUGCAUCAAAAAUUAAUUUUAUAAUGAAAUAUUUAGCAAAAAUAAAAAAUGGUCUGGCAGAAAAAUCAUUACAGGUUAUUUAAGUUACAUUUCGUGUAUUAUUGUUCUUAUUAUUUAUAUACAAUAUAGUUUAAUGUAAAAGAGUAACUUUUACAUGAACUAAAAAACACUUGUACCAUGUUGCACGAAAUAUUGUUGUCGCUAUGGGGAUGUUCAACUAAUGCUUUACAAAUAUUAGAAAGUGGUACUAUAGAUCUUGAAAAAUAUUUACAUCCUGGAGAACGUGUGUUACUUAAAAAGAUAUUGGAUAUAGUUGAACAAUGUAAUGUUAUCAGAAAUUUUAUCCAAGAAUGUACUGCAUUAGAUAGUUCAACAUCCAGUGAGGAAUUACAAAAUGUGCCUCAAGGUCUAUAUUUACAGGCUCUUUGCGAAGGAAUGGAUCAAGCUUUAGAACCAUUUCGUGAUGAUAUUGUUGAUUUAGAAAAUGUAGUUCUUCAUGAUAGUUAUACUCCAUUGUCAUUAAUUCUUUGUCGUGUUCAAAACUAUGUAUGUUUAUUUUCUGUUUUAAAUUCUAUAAUACAGGAGAUUCGCACACAAAAAAUACAUGGUUGUAAACUUCUGCAAUGUUUGCAUCAAAAUAUGCACACUGGUAUUCCAGAAGUAAAAUUGGCUUUAGAAAAGAUGGCUUAUUGUGUACACGUAGUUUUUUAUAAGCACUUAACAAGUUGGCUUUUGUAUGGUCAUUUAGAAGAUAUGUACAAUGAAUUUUUCAUUCAAAAAGUGUCAGAGGGACAAAGUAGUUUAAUACUAGUAGGUAAUAAAAAUAAUUGUAUGGAGUCAAUAAACGCAAAGUUUGAUGUAGAUAUGUGGAAUUAUGAUAUUCGAAUAGAUAUGCUUCCUUCUUAUAUUAGACCAUCCUUAGCAACUAAAAUUUUGACCAUAGGUCAAACUAUUAUAAUGUUUGGAAACGAUCCAAGGCAAAAGAAAGAUUUUUCUACCGUUGAUCAGAUAGAAAACCCUAUAUGGGGAGAUAAGGAAUAUGAAUAUUUUCUUAAAUUGCAAAAUCUUCAGAAAAAAUCUAUUUUUAAUAUUGUUGAAUUUGAACAUACAAUCGAUGAAUUAAAACAAUGUAUAACAGAACUUUUGUGGCGAGUUGCUGUCGAAGAAGCACAGCUUGUACAACAACUUAAAUUAGUGAAGGAUUUUUUUCUUAUAGGAAGGGGUGAUCUGUUUCUUGAAUUCAUUAGACUUACUGCACAUAUAUUAAAUAAGCCACCAACAAAUCAUACAUCUAGAGAUAUCAAUUUAGCUUUUCAAAUAGCGUUAAGAAAAAUGCAUUUAAAUGAUGAAAAUGCUAUGGAUAGCUUUAAUUUUAUAGUACCAGUAUCAGUAGAAGAGAGCGAAGAUGUUGAAGCAGAAGGUACAGAAUUUACUGAGAAAGAACGCGAAGAUCCCAUCGAAAGACGUGGAUGGGGUAUGGUUAUUUUGAAGUACAAAGUCAUAUGGCCAUUGCACUUAUUAUUUAAUCCAUCUUCUUUAAAUGAUUAUAAUACAUUAUUUCGAUUUUUGUUAAGAGUGAAAAAAACACAAAUUGAUUUAUGGAAUCUUUGGAGUGAGCAUAUGUAUUAUAAAAAUAUCGAUAUUGGUGUAAUUCAGUUAAGAAACAAUUUAAUUUUUAUUAUUGAUAAUUUACAAUACUAUUUACAAGUAGAUGUAAUAGAAAGUCAGUAUACAAUAAUGGAAGCAAAUAUGAAGAAUACUCGAAAUUUUGAAGAUGUACAGAAAGCACACUCUAUUUUUUUGGCUAAUGUUAUGUCACAAACAUUUUUGUUAGGAAAUUCAACAGAAAGGAAAAAUCCUGUAAAUAAAUUAAUAAAACUUCUACUACGGCUUUGUGAUGAUUUUAUCUUGCAAGCAUCAAUGUGGGAAGUUGGUAAUUUACUUUUAACGGAAAAACAAGAACUGAAAACAUUAUCUGAUACUCUUGAGAGUUUAAUGGGCUGGUUAACUAAAACAUUGAACAGAGUACGUGCGCAACCAAGUGGAGAACACUUAGCUCAAUUAUUAUUGAGGCUGGAUUUUAAUAGAUGGUUUAGUAAAAAAAUUUGAACAAAAAGUAGACUGCUUAAGUACGAGUUGUAAGAAGGUAAUGCAAGAACAUAUGACGACAUAUUUAUAAUAUUUUAUUUGAAAAUUAUUCUUUUACUUGCAUUUAAGUAUUAAAUGUGCAUCAAACUCAGUUUGUUAUAUUUUCUAAGUAGUAAUAACUUGAAAGCUAGUUUUUAAAGUUAAAAGAUGCGAUUGUGUAAUAUUUCAACUUAUUACUUUAAUUAUUAAAAUAAUAUGCUUAAUGAAUUUAAUGAUAAUUCUGCACAUAAAUGUAGCAUAUAAACAAUAUAAAAAUAUAUUUUUACAUUAUUAAUUGAAAAUAAAUUAUCAUUCAGUACAA